AUGCUACCGAGCGGUUCUUCAAUGUUACAACCAAUGGAUCAGGGUGUGAUUUGGUCUUCCAAAUGUUCGGUUGGGAAGCAUUCACUGGAAUAUGUUUUGUCUUUCAUCGUAGGUGAGUCACUUAUAGUGAAAGUCGAGGUGAAAAUUCUCUUAGUCAAGCAUCUGGUCAAGAAAGCUAGGGUGUUCGUGCAUCCACACGAACUAAUCAAGGCUUUGAUGAAUGUUGGGUUCAAAUCCACAUUGAUUCAGUCGGUGAUGCAGCCACCAGAGUAUAAAUGCGACCUGAUUGAGGAAUUUACACAUCAUGUGUCUAUUGAUAAACGUCUUUUUGAAGAAGUAUCCCGUUUGGAAUUUGAUGAAGAUGUGGGUUAUUUGAAAUUAUUGUAUCAAGUCUCAUUUAUCCGUCAUUAG